AUGAUUUAUCCCAUUAUUUUGCACGUUUUUGGUGAAAAAUAUACUAAAACCCAUAAUCACAAUAUGCCUUUAAUGAUGACGGGUAAAAGUAUUGGAUCAGAACUUCUUCCCAACUCUUUUGACCGUAAUAAACAAAGUGCAACAACAGAAGAAUUUAUAAAUCAAAAUAUCUUUAAAGCUGAUUUGAAGCUGAGAAAAAUGGAUAAAGGCGGCAAAUAUUUGCCAAUAUUCAAGGGUGAUUUUGAAAAAAUUAAGGAUUGGAAAAAUUUAUACAUCAAAAAUAAUAUCACGUUAGAAUCAACUUUGACCAUUCAUUGGGAGAAUGGUACUAUGGGGGAUCAUUUUCAUAAGACAUACAAAUACAACCAAAAUUGCCCAAUUAUGAUCCACUUAAGAAACGAUGCUGUAAUAAGAUCCUUCAAUUCGUCCAAUGUUCGAGGAUUUGAUCUAGACGUAACAGGGGAAGAAAUCAAAAUAACGUACCGUUUACACGAUGGAAAAUUGAAAAAUUUAAACUAUCCUGGGUAUUAUUUGGUGAGUCUAUUCUUCGCAAGAGGAUGCCAUAAUCCUCUCCAGGACAUCAGGAACAUGACACUCAAUUUUCAUCUUGACAUAUUUAGUUACGAAACUAACAUUUACGAUAUACCAGUUGUUAAAUAA